CGCAGGUACGUCUCAGUGUCCCAUCUCGUCCUUAUCCGCGUCCUCUUACUCCUGUACAUCCUCAGAACGCGCUUCCUGUUCCUCGCGCUCGCGUGUGCGCGCGCGUGGAACGGUACCGAAAUGGCGUCUCCGUCGUCGUCGUCGUCGACGUCGUGUGUCGACAUGUUGAAGAUAAUGUGGCUAUUGUUGACCUUGGCGACUCUUCUUGAUGCUCUGGCAACGGUCAGAAAGGUUAGCCAGGCUCCGGCCGGUUUUCGUUAUUCUAAGGAUCAGAAAGCGGAGGCCACGCAUCACGGAGGCGGCGGCGACAAACACCGGGAGGAAGGUAGCGGGACGAAACACCACGAGGACCAUCACGAUUCGCAUGGCCAGGAGAACGAUAAGGGUUACAAGGUGUUCCACGAGUUCGAGAAGAGCGACAAAGGUCACCACGAUAAGGAAAAGCACGAGAGCGAGUACGACGUGGAGGACGGCGAGGAGAAGAAGAAGCACGAGGAGGGUGGUCAUUACGGAGAGCAGCAUCAUGGCGAAGAGGGCGAGAAGGACGCCAAGUUUGGCGAGGAGGGCAAGCACCAGAAAGGAUACAGCACGAAAGGGGAGCACAGCGUGUUCAAGAAGGAUGAGUACGAGAAGAAGCAUGAUUUUUACGACGAGUACCAUGAAGACGGAGAACACGAGAAGCACGGCGGUUGGCAUGAGGAACACGAGGGCAAGAAGGGAGGUCACGAAAAGAAGGGCCACCUACAAGCCGGCCAUCAUGAGGGUCAUCAUGGUUCGGACAAGAAGUAUGACGAAGGUCAUCAUCAUCACGACAAGAAAGGUCACAAAGCGUCCGAUGGGCACAGCAGUCAUCACGAGUACGACGAGAGAUACGGUCAUAAAGGUGGCCGCGCUUCGGGACACAAAUGGUCGAAAGCUAAUCACCAUUGACGAAACACGAUCGCUACGUAAUCGUCAAGUCUUGCUUAUUUUUCUCUUGCUGGGAAUUUUGCGAAAUUGAUCUGCAGAGUUUGCGAUGACGUUGGACGGAACCUGUUGCAACGCACUAAACCAUCUUGGGGACCGUUAUGGUGACGAUAACAAUUUUCUACUCGUCAUCAGCGUGGACUGCGCACAUGUUUACCGCGAAAUUUUUAUCUAUAACGAAUAGUUUUUACUUACUUACACUUAUUAUUAUAUAUAGUAAUCUUAAUGCAAGUACAGAAAUCUAACAUACUUAGAGGACGAUAACUAAGAUUAAACUUGGUUGAAUUGUGGUAAAAUAUUCUU